AUGUUCACAGGUAGUUCACUGACACCGGUAACAGGAACAGUGACACGGGUUUCGUCCGUUGUCGGCGGCGAUGCGGAGCUUCCCUGCGACUCAAGACCGCCGCAGUAUAAUGACAGCCUUCUUAUUGUCGUGUGGUAUAGAGACGACAAUCCUGUUUACAGCUACGACACAAGAGUCCAAGGGCCCACUGCACACUGGACCGAUGAUGCGUUCGCCGAGCGUGCUCGCUGGCUCGGAAUGCCUAACUCCGCUUUGCACCUCAGAAAUGUGCAGUUACGUGAUCAAGCAACUUACAGAUGUCGUGUUGACUUUCAGGUUUCUCCGACACGAAACUACAGGAUCGUACUUGACAUUAUUGGUAAGUGUGAGUUUCAAAAUAUAAUAAUCGGUAAAGCGUUUUUGAAAUGA